GUGCGCAACUCGGAGCUGCUGAGCCGCUUCAAGCCGCUGCUCGACGCGGGCGACCCGCGCGGCCGCGCGGCCCGCAGGGACCGCUUCACGCAGUUCGUCCACGACGUGGCGGAGGUGAAGGACCUGGACGGCGUCAAGUUCGUGGUGUUGAAGGAAAAGCCGCCGCCCCCCGGGGCACCGCAGCUGCCGCCUGGCACCCCCAGCGCGCCCGCUGCCCGGUCCGAGCGCGCUCCCGUCUCAUCGGGCUGGACGUCUCCCCAACAGUCCGAUGAGCCACCCGAGGACCCAGCUCCUCCAUCAGAGCCGCAGGGCCCCCCCGGGGCUAGGGCACCAGAGUCGGCUCAGCCAAGUGGGGAGCCGGACGGCGUAGGCUCCGCCCGCGGGGCCCCGGGGCCCUCGGACGCCCACGGUCCAGCCUCGGAGCCAGUCGGGCCUUCCAAGGGCCUGUCCGCAGACGGGGCCCCGCCAUCGACAUCACAGCCUGCGGCAGCCUCGCUCCGCGCCCCGGAGCCCCAACCCCAGCCGGAGCCUGGGCCCCCGAGGCCCAAAGGACCGCCGCCCCCAGCGCCGCGCGCGCCGCCGCCCAAGCCCUGCAUGCUGCCGGUGCGCUACGUGCCGGACCCGGCGCCGCGCCACGUGCCGAACCCCGCGCUCCGGGUGCGCGCCGAGGAGCAGCGCCUGCGCCGGCAGCAGUCGGAGGAGCCCAGCCCGCGGGACACCCCGCUGCUGCUGCGCCGCCUCUCCGUGGAGGAGUCCGGCCUGGGCCCCACUCGCUCCCCGCACCUGAGGCGCCUGUCACGGCCAAACGCGCGGCUGCUGAGCCCCGACGCCGAGGAGGUGCCCGCCGCGCCGCCCCCGUCCGCCCUGCCCCUGGAGCCGGCCGAGCACGAGUGGCUGGUGCGCGCCGCCGGCGGCCGCUGGACUCACCAGUUGCACGGGCUGCUGCUGCGCGACUGCAGCCUGGCAGCCAAGCGCGACUUCAUCUCGGGCUUCACUGCCCUGCACUGGGCCGCCAAGAGCGGCGACCGGGAGAUGGCUCUGCAGCUGGUGGAAGUCGCGCGGCGCGGGGGCGCCCCGGUCGACGUGAAUGCGCGCUCCCACGGCGGCUACACGCCGCUCCACCUGGCGGUACUGCACGGCCACGAGGACGCGGCGGUGCUGCUGGUGGCUCACCUGGGGGCGCAGGUGCACGUGCGCGACCACAGCGGGCGGCGAGCCUACCAGUACCUGCGGCCGGGGGCCUCCUAUUCCCUGCGCCGCCUACUCGGUGACCCUAGCCCGCGCGGCGCGACCGAGCCCGACGGCCUCGGCGGUGGCGGCAGCUUUGCGGCCCGGCGCCCCGUGCAAGUGGCCGCCACCAUCCUCAGCAGCACCACCAGCGCGUUUCUGGGCGUCCUGGCCGAUGACUUGAUGUUCCAGGACCUGGCUCGAGGUCUCAAGAAGUCCAGUUCCUUCAGCAAGUUCUUGGCGUCGCCCAUGGUUUCACGCAAAAAGACCAAGAUCCGAGGGGCCCUGCCCUCUUUCUCAGAAGUCUCUAGGAGAACCACCCCGAGGCCAUUCGCUGGCCUAGUGCCCAGCCUGCCCCCCACAACCUGACCACCCCCUGAGGAGACAGCCUGAUUGAGCCAACAGCCUCUGCCUGCACGUUUAAACAUGCUCUCCACCGUGGCCCAACACCCGCCGCAUCCUGUUUUCAUCUGUCGGUAGCCUGUUUCACCCAAGGGGGCCACGAACGACUCCACGCUUCUGUCUGAGGCCAGACCUGUCUCCAGAACCGGGGUUAGAGCUCUCAGUGAGAUCCACCCCUCCACCCCCGCCCCACUACGGCAUUCCAAAAUCUCUGGAGCGUUCUUGUGAUCUAGGGGCUGAGAUAAAGGGGUGGCAGCUGAUCAGGCUGGCCUAGGAGCUAGAGCUAAAGUUGUCUCUUACAAUGCUGGAUGAAGCUCUUUAUUUGUCUGCUUUCGGGUGGGUGGUGGUGUUGUGAUUCAAAGCGUUUAUCCUGUUUUUAAAGUGAAAAUGAGGUAAAGCAACUUUCCAAAAUCUAACCUUUUGAAAUCAUAUUUUUUUUCUCCACUUUUACACCAAGUGCUCAGACACUUUCAACCUUUUAAGUAUUUUUGAAUUCUACUUUUUAUAAAAGAUAUAUCAAAGUCGAAAGGAAAUUAGGCGUACAACCAAUAAAACCCUUAAAAAUGUAUCUACCUCAUUUUUAGUCAAUGGAGAUUCUGGAGAACCUUGAACACAGAAUCACCGCUGUGAAUGUAAUUCGUGUCGGUCGUCCUGUGAGCGCCAAAUGUUAGCACACAAGCAUACCUUGGGAGCCAGUGCUUUUUAAAUUGUGGUGGUCUCUACAGUGGAAUAUAAACAUGCAUGUUGGGCACCAGGGGGUACCUCUUUUGAUUUAGCACGAGGAUUUCAAUGUACUGUUCUAAACUGUGAUUUCUUUGUGACUUGCACCUUUGCCGUGCUUCCGAAUCUGCCGUUCUCAAACCUGUCUGGGUCUCUCAGGGCCAGACAUGAGCCUUCAAAGAGAGCCGUGUCAUAUGGCAUCCCACCAGAAACAUAACCGGUUACAUGUACACAGUACAAUUAAGAGCAACAGUGCUACAUGGGAGUUCUGUACAAAGGAAAAGUACGGAAUACCCGAACUUUUAACGUUUUCUGAAAACAAACAGCUUUGUAUUCCAAAAUAACAAAGCAGAAUCUUUUUGUUCCACGGCCACGGGCAGGUGGCUGAGUGCAUGCUGAGAAAUUUGGUAGAUGUUGUCAAGAUUCCCAGGUUCAAGACAGUGUCAUUUUUUUAGUGGCACCUUUUUCUGCUUUAAAGAUAGGGAAACUGUUUGCUCAACCAACCUUUUUUGUUAUAUCAGAGUGCAAUUAUUCUCUGCUUUUUUGAAUUGUGUAAGUCAAUAAAUAUCAAAUAAUUUUGUGUGACCCAGA